UGAGCGACAUAACCAGAAGUGGUGAGCUGGCUUUAUCGAGUAGUUUCACGGUCUGCAUCCCUUUCCUCCUCCUCGCUGGCACGCUCGCUCGCUCGACCUCCACGAUGACCAAGCUGCUGCAGUGGCUGCUGGGCGUCUCCCUCAUCUGUGCGGCCUGGGGCCUGGUGACCUUUGACCUGCUGGACCUGCGGCUGCCGCCCGUGUACCGCGAGGUGGCCUGGCCCAUGCCCGUCUACCUGCUGGUGGUGUUCGGCUGCUACUCGCUGGCCACGGUGGGCUACCGUGUGGCCACCUUCAACGACUGCGAGGCGGCCGCCAAGGAGCUGCAGGCCCAGAUCAAGGAGGCCAAGGAGGACCUGAAGAGGAGAGGACUGAAGAUGUGAGUUGGGGAGAGGAGAGGAGAGAGAGGAGGAGAAAGGAAAGGAGUCUACUGUGAGACUUUACUGCAGCGCACUGUAUUGCACACACAUGCACUACAUUGGAAUACGCUUACUGAUACUGAUACUUACAGAAUAACAUAACCACACACUCACACUCACACAAACACGCACAUGCAUGCAUGCAUAUAUACAUACAUACAUACAUACAAACCCCAACUCCGAUGAAGUUGGGACGUUUGGUAAA